GCGGCGGAGCUCCCUUUUCGGGGGCAGAGCUUGCGGUCUCAAUUGACGUGAGGGCUGAGGAGCGAUGCUGAGGGAUGUAAGAUGGCAGAGCUACAAAUGUUGUUAGACGAAGAAAUUCCAGCCGGGAAACGAGCCCUGGUGGAGAGUUACCAAAACCUCACCAGGGUCGCGGAGUACUGUGAGAACAAUUAUGUCCAGGCCCAGGACAAGAAGGCGGCUCUGGAGGAGACCAAGGCUUACACCACGCAGUCCUUGGCCAGCGUCGCCUACCAGAUUAACGCAUUGGCCAACAAUGUGCUGCAGCUGCUGGACAUCCAGGCAUCGCAGCUGCGCCGGAUGGAGUCCUCCAUCAACCACAUCUCCCAGACAGUGGACAUCCACAAAGAGAAGGUGGCCAGACGAGAAAUCGGCAUCCUGACCACAAACAAGAACACGUCCAGGACCCACAAGAUCAUUGCCCCCGCCAACGUGGAGCGGCCUGUGAGGUACAUCCGGAAGCCCAUCGACUACACCGUGCUGGACGACGUGGGCCAUGGGGUCAAGUGGCUGAAAGCUAAGCAUGGAAGCAACCAACCGGCGAGAGGGGGAACGCUGUCAAGGACCAAUCCGCCGACGCAGAAGCCGCCCAGCCCGCCCAUGUCAGGCCGUGGAACCCUGGGACGCAAUACUCCUUACAAAACCCUGGAGCCCGUCAAGCCCCCCACGGUCCCCAACGACUACAUGACAAGUCCCGCCCGCCUGGGCAGCCAGCACAGUCCGGGCCGCACUGCCUCGCUGAAGAGGCCCAGGACUCACAGCGGCAGCAGUGGGGGCAGCGGCAGCCGGGAGAACAGCGGUGGCAGCGGCAGCGUGGGAAUCCCCAUCGCCGUGCCGACCCCAUCCCCCCCCACCAUGGGACCAGUGCCGCCCAUGUUCAUUCCUUCCGGAGCCCCCCCCCCGCCUCCUCCUCCUCCUCCCCCUCCCCCUGUUCCACCCCCACUUCCUGGGCAAGGUCCCUUCAUGGCAGCGUCGCCGAUAGCUGCUGCUAUGGGCCCCGGCCUUGGCCCCGCCCCUGUGUCACAGUUUGGCACCGUGUCUCGGCAUAUCCGGCACGGUUCGGCCGCCUCAUCUGUCUCCAACGUGUCGGCAACAGGGACAUACCGGCGGGCGCCGUCUGUCACUGCCCAGUUCCCCCCGCAGCAGCAGCAGCCGCACAUUAACGGGGGUCCUCCUCUGUACCCCCCGAGCUCAAUGUCCAUGGCCCCCCCUCCUCCCCCAAUGCCCCAGCUGACCCCACAGAUCCCCCUGACAGGCUUUGUUGCCAGGGUGCAGGAGAACAUCGCGGACCCGACUCCGCCCCCUCCCCCACCACCUGAUGACAUGGGCAUGUUUGAUGACUCCCCACCCCCACCGCCCCCACCAGUGGACUAUGAGGAAGAGGAGCCGACCGUGGUGCAGUUCAACGACCCCUAUGCUGAUGGAGACCCGCACUGGGCCCCCAAGAACUACAUUGAGAAAGUCGUUGCAGUUUAUGACUACAGCAAGGACAAGGACGAUGAGCUGUCGUUCAUGGAGGGCUCCGUCAUCUACCUCAUCAAAAAGAACGACGACGGCUGGUUCGAGGGCGUCUGCAAUGGCGUCACGGGCCUGUUCCCGGGCAACUAUGUGGAGGCCAUCAUGCAUUAUGCCGACUGAGCGAACUCCGUCAUUCAGACACAGAGCACCAAUCCACAAAAGCAUAGACAA